AUGGUUGGUUCUUUACCUCCAGAAAUUGGAAAUCUAAUGGCUGCAACACUAAUAGAUCUGUCAAUGAAUCAAUUCUCAAAUGGAAUUCGAAGAGAAAUUGGAGGAUUGAAAAAUUUGGCACACUUUUUACUGAGACACAACAAGUUGCAUGGAUCUAUACCUGACUCAAUGAGCAACAUGUAUAGAAGAGAUAAAAGAACUCCUCAACAAGUAGAUUCAUCGUCUACCAUAACACGUGAAAGAAUUUCAUACUAUGAACUGCUCCAAGCAACAGAUGACCUUAGUGAGAGUAAUCUGAUUGGUUCUGGAAGUUUUGGCUCUGUUUACCAAGGCAUUCUCAGAUGUGGAACUGCCAUUGCAGUUAAAGUGUUCAAUUUGCAACUGGAUGCGGCAUUCAAGAGUUUUGAUACAGAAUGUGAAGCUUUAGAUUAUAUGCCUAAUGGGAGUCUUUACAAGUACUUGUAUUCGUACAACUACUUCCUCGACAUCAAGCAGAGACUAAGCAUAAUAAUUGAUGUGGCAUGUGCUUUGGAAUAUCUUCACCAUGGGUGCUCGUUGCCUGUGAUUCACUGUGACAUGAAGCCUAGUAACGUCUUGCUGGAUGAAGAUAUGGUCGCCCACCUAAGAGACUUUGGCAUUUCAAAACUGCUUGAGUAUGGACUGGAUGGACUAGUAUCAACAAAGUGUGACGUCUAUAGUUAUGGGGUCAUGUUGCUGGAAACGUUUACUAGGAGAAAGCCUAAUGAGUUUGAGGAAGAUCUUAGCUUGAAGCAAUGGGUGAGUUAUUCACUCCCAGAAGCUGUAAUGGACAUUGUAGACGUCAACUUGGUAACACCAAUGGAUAAUCGCUUACAGAAGGAGCUAGAUGUUGUGGCUUCAAUCAUGAAAGUUGUAUUAGAUUGUAGUACUGAAUCUCCGGCUAGAAGGACAAACAUGAAAGAUGUUGUAGGGAUUGAUACAAAAAGCAACAAAGUGGCAUCAACUAUAGUGAAUUGA